AUGGCUCAUAUCGACCAAACACCGACGCUGUUGCCGAACUUGACUAGCAAGGAGGAGAACGAGAAGGCGGUGGGGGGUGAGGGGCGUGUAUGGGGAGACGGUGAGGUAAAGGCGUUGGGAGAUUUACUGCCAACUCCUCUCGUGGCGGAUGGCGGCACCAUGGAGAAUGUGUCGUCGACGCCUUUGCCUCGUCCGACCCCAGCUCGUCCCUCUCUUGUUCCUUUGGGUUCUCAAACAACACCAGCUGCUCCUCAGCCAAAGAAAUUUAGUACAGUCAACAUCACUAAGAGGUUUCUUGAGAAGAAUUCAUCUGCCUCUGGAUCAGCAUCCAACUCAACGUCUUUGACGAUAAAGUCGGGGGCUCCACUUGCCCCAGCCAUCUCAACUUCUACGGCAGGAUGGUCUCGUCCAUCCUCUGUUGCCCCACCUCCCGCAACAAAUUCACCGAGCAACGAUCCUCUUCCCUCCAUCACAAGUACAACUGCAGCAACAUCGGUGCCGCAGUUGCCACACGCGGGAAAGGUCAUCCAACCUCAACCACGAGCGGCCGUCGCACAACCUGGAACCUCACAAAGGGAGACUGCAGUUGGUACCAAGCCUGUAUGGGGCAACGUCAAGCUCUCGACAGCUACUGCUCUGCGCCCAGAUGUGAAACCGAAUGACUUCCCAACGGCUGCUGAGGUUGCAAAAGUUGCGGCACGCAAGCCGCCAAUAGUGGAUCAAGCCAAACCGGCUGUUGACGCUGCAGCGAAUCAGGCAAGGUUGGAAGAAGCUGAUACCUUUCGUGGAGUACAUUUGGAUCCAAAUGCUCACCAUUGGGAUGAGAUGGAGGAAGAUAAUGAUGACUUUUUAGGAGGCGUAAUCGAAUUCGGAGACGGGAGACAAUAUAAGAUCGAAGCCAACGAGGACCCCCCACUCCAACCAUCCCUCGGCUCAAAGUCGCAACCAGGGGUUAUUGCACCUGUAAGCAAGGAAGAACGUUUUGUUGACGAUUUCGACCGGAGCUGGCCAAAAUCGCGGUCAUCACCUGCGUCCUCUUCUCGAGAUUUCACGCCCGCCCCCCUUUCCCAUGGGUCUGGGAGUCCCCAGGUUUCCCCUGUCGCACUGCAGAGCGCCCACUCACCGCAAGACUCGUCCCGUGUUCUUUUUAAUGAACGCUCAAACAGACUAGAGCCCUACAGUCAUUCACACCGUCCUGGCCAAGGUCAGUACCCAUCUAAGCGGACAAGUGUCCAGGAAUCGUCGACGCCACUUAUCGACUUGCGGAAUCGAGAUUUUGGUGCCCCCACAAAUGUACAGGUCCUACAAAAAUCCGGGGGUGAAUACGAAUCGCGUGCACGACGAUAUAGUGGUAGUGGCAGUGGAUCAGGGCCUUCGCACGCUUUCAGUAACGACAGACCCCGCGACCGUGACCAGCCAUCUCGACGCGAUGGUCCUUCCCCACUGACCAGAGAUGGAAUUUCGCCACAUCCCGAUUAUAUGGGCAGGGGCAGAGACUUCAACGCAGAAAGGGGCAGACGCACUUCCAUGGCACCUCCUCCAGUUCCUCAACAUGCUAUACGCAGAUCCUCUCAAGAGGGUGGACGUCAAUUACCACCUCACUUGGCUCAAUCUUCGCCUGAGGCCCCCCUCCACCAACUUUCUUCUCGCGAUUCGCGACUUCCGCUGACAGAACCGCAACCUCCUACACCUGGGUCCAGUCAACCUCACCCAUCUUAUUCACCUGCCGUUUCAACUGCCUCUAUUGGGCUUGUUUCUCCAGCGGCCACUGCCGCCAUCACUCUACCACACCUAACUGCGCCGGAAUUGGAUGAAGCUCGGAAAGAUGUAAUGCAGAGCGCUGCAGCACGGGCCAAGCAAAGAAGACAACAAGAAGAGGCUGAACGCGAAGCCCAAAAGGAAAGAGCAAGGCGGAAAGCUGCGGAGCUCGAGGAGAAAAUGAAGGCUGAAGCAGAGAAAGCGAAGCAGAAGGAGUCUCAUGAUGCUCCCACAACUGCGCAGGUGAGCAUUGGGGAAGAUGUCGUCAUCGCGGUUAUCGAGGAAGCUGUUAAGAGCGUGACGGCAUCCAAGUCACCUACCAGUGAAUCCUCUCGUCUCAUACCAUCCCGUGCCUCCGUAGCUACUCCAACUAGUCCACUUCUUUCUCCUGCGACACAGACGUCCUCCUGGCGUGUCAAAGUCAAUCCACAGCCUCUUCCUUCACCGUCAUCUACGUUACGACAAAUACAGCCUCGACCACCUGCCCCAUCCUUUCAUCCUCCCCCGCGGUCAGCGCUGGAAGAAUCAAUCGCAGAUGGAGCCAACGAGGACCUCGAGGUUGUCGACUUUUCUGAUAUGGGCAAGUUCGUUGGGAUACCUGAAGCUAAAAAAGAAUCCUCUGAAACUGAGUUCAAUCUUAGUGCCGCCGCCGUUCAGCGUACGUCGCGAGCUGUUGCAAGUGAUUUCUUUGAGGAUAAGCUCACCUCCACCAUUGCGCCUGCACCUACGAAAACCGACUUUGGCACUUGGAGGCAGAAGGUGUCACAGGACGUUCUCGAGGUUACACCAGAGAAUAAGGCAUCUCUCAAAUCAGAAGUGGAGAAUGACUCCCCUCAAAAGAAAGUCCUCUCACCACGAGACCUUUCAACGCCUCCGAAGGAACCUCUCCCCGAUAUAGCUGUCUCUGUAGAGGCAAUUGCCGACGCUGUUGUGAAAGAUUCCCUCCCACCACAUUUGGUCUCGCAACGAACACCAAGGAACCAGGGUUUCUAUAAAGAGGCUACCAUGUCAGCUUUGGAUGAUGCCAUGUCGCGGAUAAAGGGUGCAAUAGUUGAUAUACACUCCUCUGAUGUUUCAAAGGAUACCACCGCCCUCGAGUCGGAACAUUUACAGGGUCGAUCCUUGCAACUCACGCCCCAGAAGUCCGCUGCCCCAAAAGAGCGCUGGAUCCCACCUGCCCUUCGUCUGCGAAAUAAGUUUGAUUUUACGGAUGAGCCCCGUGAAGUUUUCGACGUGACCGGAAGCGAACCUCCUCGAUCGCCUGUACCUGCGUGCAAUGCAUACACUGUCCAAAUAUCUUCUAUAUCCCGAGCCGUGGAAUUCAUUCAUAAGAGGCAACUGCACGCAUUCUUCAGGCCAAUAUUCCAGACACAGUGGGAUAUUCUCUCCUUCGACCCACCUGUCGAGGGAAUGAAUCGACGCGACCUGUCCCUGAACGAUGUUUUGUUCCGUAAACCACCGGGCGGCCACAAAGGCAAACCCAGGUAUCGAGUGAUGCUUCCGAGACAUGGGACCUCUACAAACCGACCAAGGGUUCAGAUGCCAUCAGCCAGUCUGUUGAAAUCAAAUGGUGUGGGUGCCUUUGGACGCCCCACUGUAGCCGAUGGUGCUUCUUCUUGGAGAAAUCCAGCUCCGUCACCGAAAGUCGACUCUAUCAACGAGGAGUCCCCGUCGGUUGCUCUCGACACAAUGAGUCGCUCCCCGCCACCUGAGCUGCCGCAGUCUAACAUUGCUUCAAUGCCAAAGUCAAACGAAUCAUCCCCGUCAAAGUCUGAGCCCUCAGCCUCAUUGCGGUCGAGAUCACAACCAAAAAUGCCGGCAGGUUCUGCCGUUGCUUUCUAUCGCGAUUCUCGCAUUGAUGCCGUUGAACCAGAACCCAAACCCCUCGUUAACUUUACAGUGACAAGUGAGCUAGAGGAAUCCGAAAGCUCAGACGUGGCCGAUGCACAGACGACCUCUCCCGUGCCGUUUGCAUUGAUUACUCGUGACUCAAAAAGCAACCCGUGCAAUUCUACGAUUAAUGGAGUUAAAAGGUCUUCUCCACUGGGCCGUUCCAAGGACGAUUCUCUAAUAAUGUCAAAGACAAACAGCAGAAGCUCUGACGACUCCACGGAAGGGAUUCUUAUCACGCCACCCAAUCAUCAUGCGGCUUCUGCUUGGUCAAGAUCUUCUUUGAGCGUCUCUGUAAAGGAUUCCCCCGCUCGAGGUCCCGAUCCUGAACACCUUAAAGCUGUGUGGUCCCAAACUUCGAACAAAGCCAGCAUGCACGCCGUUAACUCAUUGGAAGGCAUCGCAGAUGACCUGACAGCUUUACCCUUCACUUUGCAAGAUGUUAAGUCUGAGGAUGGUGAGACGCCUCCCCCCUCAAUUCCUCAACCCCCAUCUCGUAUGUCCCUUCACGACGUCACAAGGGCCUUCCAACAAGUCCCGGCGUCGUCCUCUUCGAAUGCCGCUCCACGAACUCCCAUUUCGCCUCCUUCAACUAACGCUCCUGUGGCUCGUCCCUCAUUUUCGUAUUCACCGCUACCUCCCAACGGCAUGCGUCCCGCUUAUUCCUAUGCUUCUCCUAUGAUGAGUCAUUCUCCCGCACCAGCCGUUAUGUAUCCCCAUGCAAUGGCAUCUAGCCCAGUUUCUAGCAGGAUGCCUAUAAACGGACACACCCCUCUCUAUAGUCAGCCCAUUUGGAUGCCGAUGGCGGUACCCGCACAUCAAAAUCAGGGAGGCAUGAUGAGACCUGUCGCAUCACCCUACCCAGCACAGCUGAUGCCAUAUCCUUCGCCCAGUACCCCAACUCUCUACGCACCCCAUCCGCCCCCGCCCAACAUGAUUAACCAACCCCAACAGCAAAACGGUGCUCAGGUCAAUCGCGGCCGCAAUAUGGCUCUGAUGAGUCCCGUUAUGCCACAUGCUGGACCGAGCAUGUAUGCAGGUAGCCCCGUGUUGAUGCACGCGUCGGGCAUUUCAGGACCUCAAAAUCAUGGCUAUGUGCCAGUGCCAACCGCUCGGGGUCAACCACGAACGGACAACGGGCAGAUGGCUCCACAUCAGCACCCACCAAACCAGCACCAAUCAUCCAUUGCCUAUAACCCCGCUCCUCCGUCAUUUGCCAGGCCAACUUGGUGA